AUGGAUGAGCUACCAAAUCGAAGCCUUUCGACAGCAAACAAAGCCGAUCAAGUGCCCACCCUUUUACUUUCCAAUGACGAGCAGCGCGUCCUUGCUCUUUACGAUGAGCUUCGCGACCUCGAGAUCAAGGUCGCCCUGGUGAAGGCACAACAGAGCCAUGUCUCAGACUCAACAACACCAAGCACAGAAGAAAAUGUGAGAAAGGCUCAGCAGGACGCGUCGACGGCGCGUGCGGGAUGGCUUCUGAGGAACAAUAUCACGGAUAGUGUCAUGACGGCCAACCCCAUCCUCAAAGCUGUCCAUGGGAGCACACAGUCAACGCCCAUCGAAACUGACCUCCUACCACACAUCCGCUCCCGCGACAACGUCUCUGUCGCCCUCGCCAACAAAUCAGAAGACAUCCGCAGCCUCAUCAAGCAGCUGACUGAGGUGGAAGCCGAGAGCCUACGAGUCGGCCGGAAAAACGUGGAGCUCACAGCCGAGAUCCUCAGGCUUACUGAGGAUGCGGAAAAGAGAAAUGCGGGCGAGACUGACGACCCCGCCGUGCAGGCGGAGAUAGCCAGACUUGAAGCCGAGGUGAAGGCGAGCAUACGGCGGUGGAAAGUUAUGAAAGGCACCGCCAGCGCUGUGGUCGUUGGCAGCGGCGUAGACUGGUCCAGAGAUGAAGCGCUGCGCGAGGUAGUACUGGACCCCGAAGAUGACGAAUAG